AUGCCUAGACAAGAUUUCCUGAUGGAAAUAAACCAGCAGGUAUUUGAAAUGGUUAUUACACCUGAAGGUCGACUGAGAUCCCGGUGUUUGUUGCUCUCAUUUCUUCUUCUUGCAGCCUGGGAAGCAGGGAACGGCCAGGUCCACUACUCGGUCCCGGAGGAGGCCAAACAUGGCACCUUCGUGGGUCGCAUUGCCCACGACCUGGGACUGGAGCUGGCGGAACUGGUUCCCCGCCUGUUUCGGGUGGCAUCCAAAGGCCGCGGGGACCUUCUGGAGAUAAAUCUGCAGAAUGGCAUUUUGUUUGUGAAUUCUCGGAUCGACCGGGAAGAGCUGUGCGGACGGAGCGCGGAAUGCAGCAUCCACUUGGAGGUGAUCGUGGACCGGCCGCUGCAGGUGUUCCAUGUGGAGGUGGAGGUUAAAGACGUUAACGACAACCCGCCUGUGUUCCCGGUAAAGGAACAAAGAGUGUUGAUUUACGAAUCUAGGCUGCCAGAUUCUUUUUUUCCACUAGAGGGCGCAUCGGAUGCAGAUGUGGGGUCAAAUUCUAUCUUAACCUACAGACUCACUUCCAACGAAAAUUUCGCACUGGAUGUGAAAACAAACAGUGAUGACAGUACACAAAUUGGGCUCGUGUUAAGGAAAUCCUUGGACAGAGAGGAAGUGCCCGAACAUAACUUACUCCUCAUGGCGACUGACCAAGGCAAACCUGAGCUCACUGGCACUGUUAAGCUGCUGAUUACCGUACUGGAUGUGAAUGACAAUGCUCCCAAUUUUGGACAAUCUGAAUAUGAAGUAAAGAUCUUUGAAAACUCAGAUAACGGAACAACCGUUAUCCGAGUGAAUGCUUCUGAUAGGGAUGAAGGAGCGAAUGGGGAAAUAUCAUAUUCUUUUAAUAAUCUUGUUCCAGCCACUGUUAGUAACCAGUUUAGAAUAGAUGCGAAUACUGGCGAAAUAGUUAUUCAAGGGAACUUAGAUUAUGAAAAUAUGAAUUUAUACAAAAUCCGUAUUGAAGCGACGGACAAAGGCCAUCCUCCCAUGGCUGGUCAUUGCACCGUUUUAGUGAAAGUCUUGGAUAAAAAUGAUAAUGUCCCUCAGAUUGCAUUGACUUCCUUAUCCUUGCCCGUCCAAGAGGAUGCUCAAUUCGGUACUGUCAUAGCCCUAAUUAGCGUGUCCGAUCUGGACUCAGGUCCCAAUGGGCAGGUGACCUGCUCUCUGACGCCCUAUGUUCCCUUCAAACUGGUGUCCACCUUCAAGAAUUACUAUUCACUAGUGCUGGAUAGCACCUUGGACCGAGAAAACGUGGCGAACUAUGAAGUGGUUGUGACCGCAAGGGACGGGGGUUCGCCUUCGCUGUCGGCAACGGCCAGCAUGUCCGUGGAGGUGGCCGACGUGAACGACAACGCGCCCACGUUCCCGCAGCCCGAGUACACGGUGUUCGUGAAGGAGAACAACCCGCCCGGCUGCCACAUCUUCACCGUGUCGGCGCGAGACGCGGACGCGCGGGAGAACGCGCUGGUAUCCUACUCGCUGGUGGAGCGGCGGGUGGGCGAGCGCGCGCUGUCGAGCUAUCUAUCGGUGCACGCGGAGAGCGGCAAGGUGUACGCGCUGCAGCCGCUGGACCACGAGGAGCUGGAGCUGCUGCAGUUCCAGGUGAGCGCUCGCGAUGCGGGCGUGCCGCCCCUGGGCAGCAACGUGACCCUGCAGGUGUUCGUGCUGGAUGAGAACGACAACGCGCCUGCGCUACUGCCGCCCGGGCCAGGUGGAGGACCCAGCGCGCUGAGCCAGGUGGUGUCGAGGUCCGUGGGCGCGGGCCACGUGGUGGCGAAGGUGCGCGCGGUGGACGCCGACUCGGGCUACAACGCGUGGCUGUCGUACGAGCUGCAGCCGGCGGCGGGCGGCGCACGCAGCCCGUUCCGCGUGGGGCUGUACACCGGCGAGAUCAGCACGACGCGCGCCCUGGACGAGGCGGACGCGCCGCGCCAGCGCCUGCUGGUGCUGGUGAAAGACCACGGCGAGCCGGCGCUGACGGCCACGGCCACUGUGCUGCUGUCGCUGGAGGACAGCGGCCAGGCGCCCAAGGCCUCUUCACGGGCAUUGUCUGGCGCCUCUGAAGCGGAGGCCGUUCUGGUGGAUGUGAACGUGUACCUGAUCAUCGCCAUCUGCGCGGUGUCCAGCCUUUUGGUGCUCACGCUGCUGCUGUACACGGCGCUGCGGUGCUCGGCGCCGCCCAGCGAGGGCGCGUGCGGGCCCGUGAAGCCCAGGCUGGUGUGCUCCAGCGCGGUGGGGAGCUGGUCUUAUUCGCGGGAGAGGCGGCAGAGGGUGUGCUCUGAAGAGGGGCCGCCCAAAACCGACCUCAUGGCCUUCAGCCCCAGCCUACCAGCCUGUCCAGUAGUGGCGGAUAUCGGCGAGCAUCAGGAUUUAAAGGAUGAUAGUCUUUCCAAAGUAAGUCUGAGUUUUCAUAAUUAA